AUCACCAGAAGCUCUCGUCGUGAUUUCUGGUGCUGAUAGUUUUACUUUUUUACUUGCAUAGGGUGUUCUCUUCGCCCUUUUUUCUAUCGUCCACGGAUAUAUCGCCCUCGUAGCCCGUUGACCCGUGUUGCCGUCGACACAAUCCAAUGACGUUUUGUGCUGGGUGCUCAAACUAUUUGGUGCCUCCAGAUGAGUGCUUUUUAUAGAAAGUGCUGGGCUAUACGCUCUGGAGGUAGGCCUGGCUCGCCGACAGCAUAGAUAGAAGGGUUUGAGUGGUGUCCUGUCUUUUCUCCGUGCAUCCCGGAAUACUCAUCGCUGCAUAUCAGUCUUAGCUCAAGCCUGAACAUACGAGAUAAUCCUUGAAAACAAUAUGCAGCAGAACGUGAGGCAUUCGGCUUCCAAAAACACGACGGAGUGCUCUCGAGGAGUGUGUUUUCCAACCGAAGUCGCUUUUUGAUAACUCUCGUCCUUUUUCUCGUCGAAUUCAAAUACUGUUUUAUACACGCAGCGCGACAGCGUUGAGGGUGUGAUGAGUGGAUGUGGUGCAAGUGGUUAUAGCGGCAUAAGUCUCCGUGAAAUGGUGCUCUGACCCCGCUUCGUAGUCGCGAAAUGACUUUGGUAGUGUCGCAGUGUUAUUAAUGGUUGUGUACCGUAAGGAUCCCUCCAAGGUGGAGAACUCUACAGGAAGCCCGGCCAUUUCCACUGAGAGCCUCAAUGGUUCCGAUGAGGCCGACAAGACCUUGGCCCCAACGUGUGCCCCCACGGGAAGUCCCGGGGGGACCACGUGGAAACCCGGGGUUCCCAGAGCGGUCUUGACAUGUCGCCCCAACUCGCACCCGUUUCCCGAACGGGUGCUCAGCCUGGACCAGCCAGCCAAGGUGGGCCGGUCGGUCGCGCGAUCCCGACAGGCACCCAACAACGCCAUCUUUGACUGCAAGGUCCUCUCGCGUAACCACGCGUUGCUCUGGUAUGACAACGGAAAGUUCUACCUGCAAGACACAAAGAGUAGCAACGGCACUUUUGUCAAUAACCAGCGUUUGAGCAAGGGCUCAGAGGAGUCUCCUGCUCGUGAGGUGUGCUCAGGGGACAUCGUCCAGUUUGGGGUUGACGUCGUAGAAAACUCUAGGAAAGUGACCCACGGUUGUAUAGUAGCCACAUUGAGGCUAUUUCUGCCAGAUGGAAAGGAAGCAAAGGCCAGUCCGUCCACAGCAGUGGCAGUGGCCACGUCUGGGGCUAGCAUCACAACACAGGAUAUGUACCAACUCUCUCAGUGUAUACAAGAAGCAAUUCAUAGGGAACAAAUCCUACAGAACAAGAUGGCCACAUUACAAAGGGUUGUCUCCAGUGCGCAAGAAGCAGCUGAGAACAACUGGAAGGCCAUGAUUGAAGAAGACAGACUCCUUCACAGAAUAGAGACCUUAGAGGCGCAGCUUCAGGCUUGUUCUAAGACCGCAACUGACGAGAAAUUGCGUGAAGAGAUAGCACGGCUGCAGGAGGAGAGGGAUAGGUAUCAGAACACAGCAAAGGAGUCUCUGCAAAAAGUUUUGCAAGAGAAACUCGAAGCUGUGCGCAAAGUUCAAGACUUGGAGUACAACGUCUCAAGCACAGAGGAAGAAUGCACCAGGCUGCGGGAAGUCUACGAGACUGCUCAGAAGGAGAUCUCCUUAUUGGCCACUCGUAAUGAUCAACAUCAGAGAGAGUUGGCUGACCUACAGAAAGAACUCAAGGACGUGGAAGAAAACUGCCGUAUGGCAACGGAGGAGAAAGCAGCUCUGGAAAAACAAAUCGAAGAACUUAAGUGCAGUGAGCAAGUCCUGGGGGCCAAAAUCGAGUCCCUACGUGCGGACAAUGACUUCUCUAAGGAGCAGCUGGCAGCCAUGAAAGCGCGUUUCGAGCAACUGAAGAAGGCCCAGUACAUCGAGGACGGUUUAGAGUCCCUGGAAAUCAAGGAAGGCCUUCCCAACAACCAAGAGUCGUCAGAGGCCCUGGAAAAUAGUUUGUGCCCCAAGGAGAGUGCAAACAAGAUGCUCCAGAUUACCCUCAAUGCCGAAAUAGAUAACCUGGAAAAGGAGGAGCUCAAGGAGACUAUGCUCUCAAAAGAGCUCCAAGCUAAGGUAUGUGAGCUGGAAGAGGAGCUGGAACAGUUGGAGAAGGACGACGUAGAUUCAGCGAAAGAACCCUCGUUGAUUGAGUCGACAGAGAGUCAGGAGAAAGAUGCCACUUCUGAGAAGGUACAGCAGCUCCAGGCAGAAAUCAACAACCUUAAAGAACUCCUGGCAGAGUCUCGUGAAAAGAAAAACGCAGCGUAUUUGGAAAUUGCAAAACUAAAAGAACAAUUGGAAAAGGCUCGAGAGGCAGUGUCUGGAGGUGACACACUUGAAGAAGAGUUGACGCAAGUGAAAAAGCAGGCCAAGGAUCAGGAAGACGAAAUACGCAAACUGCGAGAUGAACUGUCGCAACUAGAGGAGACAUUGCAGUCAGUCAGGGAGGAGUUGUGUACGCGGCAAUUCCAACUGUGUGAAGAAGAACAUCGUGGUCAACUUAAGCAGGAGGAACUCAAGAGCCUCCAGAGCCUAUUAGAGGAAGAGGAAAGAGGCCGUGAGCGCACAGAUGCCACCUGCGAAGCACUCAAGAAGCAACUGCAUGAGGCUCAGAACAGUGCAAAGCAGCACCAGAAUGAGUCGGAGCAUCUUAGAAGAAAAGUGCGAAGUUUGACCGAGGAGCUACGAAACAGAGCGAACGUGGAGAAGAGCGAGGUAAGCCACGGAGAGGCUGAAUACGAGGCGCUCACAACUGAGUGCACCACACUUAAGACCAGGAUUCAGACGCUGGAAGCCGACAUGCAGAGGUACCAAAACGAAAAUGCAAAACUGCUGUCGGACUACGGGCACCUCCAAGAAGCCUACACAGCGCUUGAGUGCGGCACCGCGGCACACUCGCUGGAGUCUGGAGACACACAUUGGCUCAAACAGCUUGAGGUAGUAAGGCAGAAAGCUGACAGCACGAGCAAGCAGUUGCAGGAGACGAUAGAAGAAUUGGCUAUCCUCAAGGAAAAGUACGCCGUCUGCUCGCAAGAGAAAGCAGACUUGCAGCAGGAGCUUCGAACUGUUGCAGAGGACUUCAAGACUGUCACUUACCAAACAAAAACGAUUUCAGCCUGCUCCAUUGUGCCGCUCUGUAUCUUGCUGUUGGCCGUGCUGCUCGGCUUCUACCCUUCGCUGUCCUUCUUCACUGGAACGGCCGAAAAACCCUAACCUCACCUCAGAGGGACGGAAACAAGUCCACAGUGUCCACCCCCACCCCACCUCCCAACAAGUGUCCACACCAACAGGAGGGACGACAUCCCGUCACUCCCAAAGAACACAGUGUUGUGAUUGAACUGCUAUCCGUGAGUUUCGGAUGCCUCUACUAACAGUGACGCCCGACACGCACGGGCUGUCGAGCGUCGAGCGAAUACAAAGGCACGCAUUACCUCUAGAUCGUUUUGAAAUUCUCAGAUAUUGUAGAGAUAACAGGUCAACGAGGACGUAUUACAAUGUCUGCGUGAUGGCCGUGAUGGUCAAUGAUGCACCUCUCGUGCGAAAGUCAGUGUGCGCUUGGUGGAGACAUGGCGAAAGAAAAUGAAUCUGGAAUGCCUUUGCGGUUUUCCUUCUCCUUCUUUUUUUCUUCUUUCUUUUUUUUUCCCCUCCAGCGGGGUCAAUAAUGAAGCAUCGUGAACAACUGAGAACGUGUUUCCAGUUGCACGGGUUGCAAUAGCGCCGGAGAUUGUGCACAAGUUGCAGCAAAGAAGCGGCUGCAAAAAAACAGACAGAGAAACACGUUUUUUUGUACAAACAAUAGCUGACUUUAGUUCUAGUACCUGUGGGCAGUGUUGAAAGCUGUUCGCUUUUUCUAUUUCCACUUUGCCCUCUCGAAGCACAAGUCGUAAAAAAUAAAAAAAGAAAGGAAAGCGCUAUUUUCGAUGUACGCGUUGCAGUCUCUCGGUAACGCCCCCAAACUGCGCUGUUGCGCUCCCCAUCUCGUCGAGGGGUGGUGUACGUGUAUUUAUAAAUAGCAGCAGUAGCGAUUGCACGUUGCUUCUCCUUGUCGUUAGGUUUUUCUUUUUUCUUUUUUUUAUAGCUAUUGACGUAAAAACUUAGAGAGCCUACAGAGGUAAUGCGGUAUAGUAUUGCAACACAGACAGGCAAACCCUCCUCGCAGGCACGCUGUUGCUUUGUGCCUACCAAAAUUAUGCUUUUAUUAAUGUGCCAUUAUUGCAUUUGUUGUGUACUGUGCUCAGGGCUUAUAGUUUCUAGGAAUACCAAGUUGAAGGAAGAGACGGGCUUGUUGCGCCUGAUCCCGUGUACAUAUAACGGCGUAAUGUUUUGUUAUCCUUAACCUUGUUACAUGCUGAUCCAGUGGAUUUGGUGUUGACUCGUUUCUGUAAUUCUUAAGCUCCUGUGUAAUGGCUUGAACUACAAUUUUUUGCCAAACUACAGCGAAAACCUUGUAUAAAUUCGAAAACCCGGUUGAUCGAGAGGGAAGGGCCUCGGGACGACAGCCGACGAUAUUUUUGAACAGUUGCUCUCGCGGAAGAGUCUCUGUUCGACAUGUCAGCCGCUCUCAUCAUGCGGCUCUUCUUCUCUCAACAUUUCCUCACGAGUUCGCUAAAUUUCCUACCUGUUAGCGGAUGAUUGGGAGGAUUCAGCGGUACCGUAAAUGACUUCACGUUUAUUCAACGUUAAUGGAUUUGAUCUAGUUAAAUUCUAUGGUGGGGGGGGGGGGGGGGAAGUGCCAGUAGAUCUAUUCAUUGUUUUCGCCGAAGGUUUAAGUUCAAAUCAACGCAGUUCCACCGAGAGGUGCUUCGCUGCUGAAGGACCCACAACUUCUUCUUGUUUUUCCAUUUUAAGCAAAGUUGCCCCGCGCUAAUUGCUGCCAUGGGAGACGAUCACGAUGUGGACGUUCAAGUGCCAUGCCACCUUCAUGUAUUUACCUUUGUGUACAAAAGCAGUUUUGUAAUAUAAAAUGACACAGAGAGUCGGCUGUUCUUUUCCCAGUACCUGUAAAUGAGAAGUAUUACGUUUUCGUCUAACAUUCGCGCGUAGGUCAUCCCCAGCGUAACGGGUGUGUCGUCGUAGUCGUGAGCUGCAGAUGAGGCCGGCCUGCUAUGGGGAUGAGUUGUGCAUGUAGGUGCAGACCAUUUAGACGCACUACGUUACAAUUUUUUCCUUUUUCCUCUCUCACGCGUGACAGUACGUAGUGUGAGCACGUUUCUCCACGAGCGUUACAGCUCGAUUCGAAACCUCUGUAGAUAGCUAUAACAUAGCGUAAUAUAUGAGCAUCUUUGGUCUGUGAUCACGCUUAAAUCUUUCCUUUCUUUCUUUUUUUUUUUUUUUGGGUGAGAGAUGGCAAGUUUUGCUUGUACCUCGCGUCCAUUGAUAAUAAAACAAAGUGUCCUGCAA